AUGAAACCUCAUCUUUUGUCGAGGCGGCUCUCAAAAGCCGCCGCGCUCCUCUGUCUCAGCCCUGCUUUCGUCUAUGGACAAGGGGAUGAUAGAAAAACAAAAUUUGACGUGUUCGACUACAUCAAUCCGUUUAUUGGACACUCGUUCCCUGGUGCAACAUUGCCAUUUGGCAUGGCCAAAGCCGUAGCAGACAUGGACGGUGCGAACCAAGGGGGUUUCGCGUCUGACGCAUCGUUCGUCACUGGGUUCUCACAUACACACGAUUCCGGAACGGGGGGUCCCGGGUCGAUGGGGAAUUUCCCCAUUUUUGUCCAUCCCGGCUGUCCCGAUGAUAAUCUUACGAGAUGCGGUUGGCAGAAAUCAGAUAGAGCUGUUGGGUGGGAUCGAAGAUCCACUAAGGCCCAGCCCGGGUUCUUUGGCAUUGCGUUGGACAACGGAGUCCAUGCGGAAAUGACUGUGACGAAUCAUUCUGCUCUUUAUAAAUUCAGCUUCCCGGAGGCUGCUCCUGAGUCGCUCAAUCCGGUUGUGCUGGUGGAUAUGGCUGACCUUCAAGCUUCACGUCAUAACGGCACGACGUCGGUAGACCCAGAGACUGGUCGAUUUACUGGGAGUGCGACCUUCGAGCCUAGUUACGGAAUUGGGACAUACAGAAUUCACUUUUGUGCUGAUUUCAGUGGCCCUAAAAUUCGAGAUACUGGAAUCUGGAUGGAUGAUGGGGCCACGCCGGGUAAACGUACAGUUUCGCUGAACUCUAGUGGUUUAGGAGGAGUGUUCACUAGGUUUAAACCGCCCAGAGUGAACGGCACGAUUGAUGUGCGGGUCGGAAUCAGUUUCAUGAGUGCUCAGCAAGCCUGUUCCAAUGCGGAAAAGGAACACCCUAACUUCAACUUCGAAGAUACGGUGGCGGUAGCCAAAGCCGUGUGGAAGGAGAAGAUGGAUGUCAUCCGUCUUGACGCUUCUGGUGUUUCUACUGAGCUUCAAACGGUGUUUUGGAGUGGGAUAUAUCGUACGAUGAUCAGCCCGCAAGAUUAUACCGGGGAAAAUCCACUAUGGAAAAGUGACGAGCCAUACUAUGAUAGUUUUUACUGUAUCUGGGAUUCGUUCCGCGGUAUCCAUCAACUCAUCACAUUGGUGGAUCCCCUUUCGCAGUCUCGGAUGGUUCGAAGCCUUGUCGAUAUCUAUCGCUACGAAGGAUAUCUACCUGACUGCCGUAUGUCUUUAUGUAAAGGCUUGACGCAGGGUGGAUCCAAUGCCGAUGUCCUCAUUGCUGAGGCCUACCUCAAGGGCAUUCUCGAUGUGGACUGGGACACUGCCUACCAGGCUGUGGUAAAGGACGCUGAGGUUGAGCCUGAGAAUUUCAAUGUGGAAGGUCGUGGCAGCCUUCAGAGCUGGAAGACACUUGGAUAUAUCCCAAUCCAUGAUUCCAAUACCACUGCCAAAGGACUUCGCACUCGCAGCAUAUCACGAACAGUUGAAUACGCAUACAAUGAUUUCUGCAUUGCACAGAUGGCGAAGCACAUGGGUCACGAUGACGAUUAUAAAAAGUACAUGAAACGUGCCACGAACUGGGAGAAUGUUUUCAAGCCAAACCAGACAUCCUCGUGGCGUGGUUCUAACUUCACCGGAUUUCUCCAGCCGCGGAAUGCGGAUGGUACUUGGGCACAUCAAGACCCGAUGUUCUGCGGCCCAUAUCUGCAGCCUGACUCGUGCCUGAUGGAUGAGAAUGCGAAAGAGACUUACGAAGGCAGCUCCUGGCUGUAUACAUUCUACGCGCCCCAGGAUAUGGCUAAAUUAAUCACGGUUCUCGGUGGCCCGUCUAGAUUUGUGGAUCGUCUAUCAUUCUUCCACGACUCCGGUCUCCUUAACAUGGGAAACGAGCAGGCUUUCUUACCCGUUUUCCAAUUCCAUUACGCCGGACGACCCGCGCUGUCCACUGAACGUGCACACUCGUAUAUCCCACGCCUGUUCAAUACAAGCAUCGGCGGCCUGCCUGGGAAUGAUGACAGCGGAGCAAUGGGCUCCUUUGCCGUGCUUAGUAUGCUAGGUCUAUAUCCCGUACACGGACAGGAUGUCUAUCUCAUCUCUGCACCUUUCUUCAAGGAAGCCAGUAUCCGAAACAGGAUCACCGGUAACGUUGCAACAAUUCGAAACAUCAAUUUCGAUCCGAAGUACAAGUCCAUCUAUAUACAGAAUGUGACCCGCGACGGCAAACCCUGGACAAGGAACUGGAUUGGUCAUGACUUUUUCACCAAGGGCGGAACGCUUGAAAUGACACUGGGCGACAAGGAGAGCAGCUGGGGGACAAGGAUCGAGGACUUACCCCCUAGUAUGAGCGAUUAUCGCUGGUAA